AUGACAGGUUUCUGUAACAUGGUAAUUAUUUCAUUAUUUAACUGGAUAUAUAUUCUGUCUUUUUUUGUAGUCUACACUGCUGAUGCUGGAGUCCAAAAUCAUCAUGUGGAUAAGCAAAACAAUUCAAAAAGACUAUUGAUGGAUGAAAACUAUUACACUAUCAUGAGUAGACUGGAUAAUCUUACAAAAGAGGUCGAAGCUCUUAAAAAGGAAAAUGCUUUGCUGAGACAUUCGCCGAUUGCGUUUCUUGCAGAACUGACCAAGACCGUUUCCGGCCAAAACCACCAAAUCCAUUUCGAUCAAGUUAAAGUAAACAUUGGGAACGCCUACUAUCCGUCUCAUGGAAACUUCAUCGCCUCAGUCAACGGUCUCUACCAGUUCUCAAUAACAGCAUGUUCGACUGCGAAUCAUUACGUAGUUCUAGAACUUACUGUCAACACCAGUGUGGUUGGGAAGGUCUUGGCUGGCGAUACUGGUUAUGAUGAAUGUAGCUCUAAGACUUUCUUGAUACAACUUUCUUCAGGUGAUGACGUCUUUGUUCAACAUAAAUCUCAGGGAGAUUAUCUACUAAGUGCUUCGGCCUACGGAUUUCCUUCAUUUUCUGGCGUCCUUCUAAGAGCUCUUUAAAUUCGAAUAAAAAAUCUAAAGAAUUGUUUAGGAUUUUGAUUUAUAUAUCACCUAUGCAAGAUAUGGCAUCCCUGAUAGAAAACUAUGGCUAUAAAUGCAUCGUAAGCUUAGUGGUAGACCUUCAGAACUCUGAUAAGGAGUCAGGCAUCCAAGAAAAGAGUUCUAAGUUAGUAUGUACAACGUUCUUGUUUAUUCUAGGAAGAAUUUCUAAAAACCAGCUUAUUUUCCCAAAUAUUUCUUUCGCCUUUAGCAAUGUCUAUCCAAAUUUUGCAGCGUUUUA